ACCCCUUUUCCCAAGUACAGCUGCCGCUUUUCGACCACUGUAGUCUGUGAUGCAAAAUGGCGCUGAGUUCUCAAGGAACAAAGAAAAAAGUUUGCUACUAUUAUGAUGGUGAUGUUGGGAAUUACUACUAUGGCCAGGGGCAUCCCAUGAAGCCACACCGUAUCCGCAUGACACACAACCUCUUGCUGAACUAUGGUCUCUACAGAAAGAUGGAGAUAUACCGACCUCACAAAGCCAGUGGAGAGGAGAUGACCAAGUACCACAGUGAUGACUACAUCAAGUUCCUGCGUUCCAUCCGGCCUGACAACAUGUCGGAGUACAGCAAACAGAUGCAGAGAUUCAACGUUGGUGAAGAUUGCCCUGUGUUUGAUGGCCUGUUUGAGUUCUGCCAGCUCUCAACAGGAGGCUCUGUUGCUGGAGCUGUGAAGCUGAACAAACAGCAGACAGACAUUGCUAUUAACUGGGCUGGAGGUCUCCAUCACGCCAAGAAGUCGGAGGCGUCAGGUUUCUGCUAUGUGAAUGACAUUGUGCUCGCCAUUUUGGAGUUACUGAAAUACCACCAGAGAGUUCUGUACAUAGACAUUGACAUUCACCAUGGAGAUGGAGUGGAGGAAGCGUUCUACACCACAGACCGGGUCAUGACCGUGUCCUUCCACAAGUACGGAGAGUACUUCCCCGGCACUGGAGACCUGAGGGAUAUUGGCGCAGGGAAAGGCAAGUACUAUGCUGUGAAUUACCCUCUGAGAGAUGGGAUAGAUGACGAGUCUUACGAAGCCAUAUUCAAGCCUAUCAUGACUAAAGUGAUGGAGAUGUACCAGCCUAGUGCAGUGGUUCUUCAGUGUGGAGCUGACUCUCUCUCGGGAGACAGGCUUGGCUGCUUUAACCUCACCAUCAAAGGCCAUGCUAAGUGUGUGGAGUACAUGAAGAGCUUCAACCUGCCCCUGCUGAUGCUGGGGGGUGGAGGCUAUACCAUCCGGAACGUGGCCCGCUGCUGGACCUAUGAGACAGCUGUGGCCCUAGACAGCUCCAUACCAAACGAGCUUCCAUACAAUGAUUACUUUGAGUACUUUGGGCCAGACUUCAAACUGCACAUCAGUCCCUCCAACAUGACCAACCAGAACACCAACGACUACCUGGAGAAGAUCAAGCAGCGUCUGUUUGAGAACCUUCGAAUGCUGCCCCACGCCCCGGGGGUCCAGAUGCAGGCCAUCCCAGAAGACGCCGUGCAGGAGGACAGUGGAGACGAGGAGGAGGAAGACCCUAACAAACGCAUAUCCAUUCGCGCCCAUGACAAGAGGAUAGCGUGUGACGAGGAGUUCUCAGACUCUGAGGACGAGGCUGAGGGUCAAGGGGGCGGACGGAGAAAUGCUGCCAGCUUCAAGAAAGCCAAGAGAACAAAGACUGAAGAAGACAAAGAAAAAGAGGGAGAAGAGAAGAAAGCAGGUGAUGAAAAGAAAGCUGAUGACAAGAAAGAAGUAAAAGAAGAAAAGGUGCCAGAGGAGGAGAAAAUGGACACAAAGGGGCCAAAAGAGGAGUCCAAGACACCGUGAGGAGCUCCUAGCCACCUUUUUAAAGCAAAUUACACCUGGGCUUAGUUUCCCAAAAGCAUCUGAAGGCUAAGUUUGUUAUAACGAUAUGGAUUAUUUUGCGUUUGGGAAACCGGGCCAUGUUGAGAAUAGUUCUGUUUGCCAGACCAGUCACCUUUACUGGCUGCUGCAAGGGAAAAUCCCACCCCUCCAGAUUGAAAUGGGCUAAACAUGUAUUUUCUAGAACACUUAAUGUUGCAAUUUUUUAUAAAUACUGCUGUUUUUGUAUGCUUUAAGACCAUUUUGCUUUAUCCUAUGAAUACUGCUCCCCUUACCCAAAAAAAUGUAGUCUACAGUAUAUUAAAGGCCUGGCAUAAAAUUUUAUAAAUUUCAGUUUUAAUUUAAAUCAUAGAUAUGUUGCCAUCUCUUGUACCCCCUUUUGUAUUUUGUCCCACUGUCGUCCUGUCCCUUUGGAAACAUGACAUGAAGUACACUUCUCAAAGAUGUAUUCAUUCUGUGUUACCGGCUAAAGCUACUCUGAGCAAUAUUGUCCGGAGGAUAGAAUUAACCUGAAUAUUACACCAGGCCUACAGUACAGUAUGUGAUAAAACAUAAUCUAAUGACUUCCAUGUAUUGUAUUUUUAAACAUGUCAUUGUUUAGUUCCAAUGAAAUCAGAGUUCCUGGAUUAUUUCUCUAGAACAUGGUGUUCUGGUAAGGGCACAUUCCUUUAAAUUAAUGCCAUGACAAAUUUACAGAUUUUAUUCUACAAACAUGAAAUUGAAGAUGUCUUCCCAGGAGUGCUUACAAAUAUGAAGACUAAGAAAAUCUACAGCUAUAUACUACAAAUGCAUUGAAUUGUUUAGUCCAGAACAUCUUCAGUUGCUCCUUUUUAGAGUUGCAAAACUACUUGAUGUAAUACAUCUGUUCAUUUUGUAGAUUAAUUUCUAGUGGAUAGACCAUAUGUUCAAGAGGAAAUAGCCUAAUUAAUGGAGAGAACUAAACAAUAAUGACAUUUUCAAUUAACUCUGCAACUGCUCCAAUAUGACUUUCCAUGUGCCAAAACAUUUACAUAGUAAAAGUGAUUUCAUGUUGGAACCCUCAGAUGGUAUUCACCAAGCUUGUUUUACAGCUUUAAAAAAAACGUUAAUCAUAAUUUACAUGUGAUACAGCACCUGUGAUAAUCUGAAGUACCUAAAAGGCCACUAGAUGUCAUGUGAUAAAGUUGUGUUAAGCCUCAA